ACGCGAAUCCCGAGCGCUGCGCAGCAGUUGCAGUUGCAGAUCACACCGCACCGCCGGCACAUCCACGCACAUGCCGAGGCCUCCUCCUCGGUCCACAAGAUAAACAAACCCCCGCUGGACUCUGGAGGCUGGAUCGCCACCGCCCGAGCCGAGACCAACACCAACCACCGAGCUCGGAGAGCAGAGCAGCCUCUCUGCUCUCUGGUUGCUCUCGCAGCCGGUCAGUCCUCACACCUCACCGCUCACUAUCUGACCGCGACGUCCGGCGCCAAGCAAGGCCGCCUCGUCCACCUCCGUCCAUGUGAGUGAGUGGCAGCACAACGCUGGCUCCGAGGUCUCGCUCGCCCGGUGGCCGGACUUGCAGAAGAAGCAGCAGCAGCAGCUAACCGCAGCGGCUGCAGAAUCCGGCGGGAGGCAUGGGUCUGCUGUCUCACCGGGUGGAGCGGUCGGAGAUCAAGCCCGGCGACCACAUCUACACCUGGCGCGCCGGCUACACCUACUCCCACCACGGGAUCUACGUCGGCGGGAGCAAGGUGGUGCACUUCACGCGCAAGAAGGAGGCGGGCACCGCCGGCCUGGACUCGGCCAUCGCCGUGUCGAGCCUCCUCUCGCAGGGCCCCGACGAGUGCCCGACCUUCCCGGACUGCGGCUUCCAGCGCCCCGACAGCGGCGUCGUGCUCACCUGCCUCGACUGCUUCCUCCGCGGCGGCGCGCUGCACCGCUUCGAGUACGGCGCCCCGCCCGCCGUGUUCCUCGCCAAGCUCCGCGGCGGGACCUGCACCACGGCGCGCGCCGACGGCGGGCCCGACGCCGCCGUGCGCCGCGCCAUGCACCUCCUCCAGAACGGCUUCGGCGACUACGACGUGUUCGAGAACAACUGCGAGGACUUCGCGCUCUACUGCACGACGGGCCUCCUCCCCGGCGCCGGCGACGACGGCAUCGGGCGCAGCGGCCAGGCGGCCUCCGCCGUCGCCGUGCCACUCGCGGCGCUCCUCUCCACGCCGUUCAAGGUGCUCGCCGCCGGCCCGCUCGGCAUGGCCGCCAUCACCGCCGGCGUGUACUGCGCCGGCAGGUACAUCACCGACAUCGGGGUGCGGAAGGACGUCAUCAAGGUGGAGGUCGAGAACCUGGCGGCGCACCUCGGCUGGCGACGCGCCAAGGCUGCUGAGGAGGCGGUCAAGAAACAGCAGCAUCAGCCGCAGCCGCCGCCGACGCCGGAGAAGAAGGCCAGCAGCAGGCUGCUCCCUCUGAAACGGAAACGAGAGAUUUGCGUCUGAUUUUGCGUGGAUACAGGCAGAUUGGGUCGUUGCAUAGAAAUCAAUAAGUGCGGUAUAGGUAUCGAAGCGUCUUGAUCGAGCGUGCUUUGAUUUGUUUAGUUGAGCGUCGUACGUGAUCGAUCUUUCUUUCUCACGAAAUGGAAGAUUAGAUAGUUGCAGUUUUAUAGCUUGCAUUAUGUACUACGUAGUCAAUUGCUAGACUUGGUCUCUGUAUUAUCCGAUAUAGCUCAAGAGUUGAUCAGUAAAUGGUUUGUCAUGCUCGCUACAUAAUUUCUUCAGCCUACUGCUAUUGGCAACAAGAAAACAAUUGUAUACA